GCUCUUCUCUAGUCAGUGGGGAAAGGAAGCAGACUUUGUUCCUAGCUCUCCCUGCUUGACACCAACUUGCGUUAGGGACAUUGUUAAAUUUACUUAGUAUAUUCUUUCUCCUGCUGCCCCACAUAAAGUUUAAGGCUUAGAGAAGAGGCGUUCCUCGUGACCACCAGGUGACGAUAGCCAUGAAGUGGGGUCUGGUGUUUUUGGGGGUCUUCCUAUCUCUGGGGACCCUGUCCUGGGGGGAGAAGGGCUUGGAGAUCCCAGAGUAUGAUGGCAAAGACCGCGUCCAUGACCUCACCGCCAGGACCUACAAGUCCAUCAUGAAGAAGUUUGAUGUGAUGGUGAUCUACUACCACAAAAAUGUGGAUGGGAACCGCAGUGCCAUGAAGCAGUUUCAGAUAGAGGAGCUGGCUCUGGAGGUGGGUCUCCAUUAAAGCAUGACUGUAGAUGGAUCUGUCGCUGAUGUAGGGAAAGGGUCAUGGUGGGAAGAGAGGAAGUAAGGGACGGGUUUCAUAUGGAGAAUUUGGCUCCAGUUUGGGAUUCCUGGAUGCAUUCGAGGUAUUUGCACUUAGCAUUUUAGGUAAGUGGGUUCGCAGUUGUUGACAGGUGAUGAGGAAGGUAAACAGAUCAUGUGGAGAUUGUGGGGUGAGGUGGGAUUCUUGGACUUCAAGUAUGACUUUAAAGUUGAUGACUUGGAGAAAGCAGAUUAAGGAAUUAGGAGACAGGGGGAACUGGAAUCUUUCUAAGCUCCACCCUGAUAGUUUGGGGGAUCUGGUCAUUGUUGGUAGAAACUGUAACUCAAAGCAGAAUUGAAUUUCCUGUCCUGUUGAAACACAUUUACACUUUUAACAAGGUUUGCGAGGGCUUUAUCUGACAACGAUCGCAAGUUCUGAAAUCCUGCAGAUAUGGUCAAGUGGGUAGUGCUGUCUAGUUAAGACUUGCCAGUGAUUUACCAGGCAUGCAGUGGUCAGGAACUUUGACAGGAGUUGAAAUCCUAUCUCAUACUUGUGCUUUGCUUAAUUCUUCACGCAUUAUGUUUAGAUUUUCGACUUUGUGGCGCACAAUGGCAACCUUUGACAAAGGACUUCCCAAAUCACCCCUCAAUGCUCUUAAGGAUGAAAGGCCAGUUGGCACAGCUGUGAACAGUUUUGACUUUGGAUUACUUAGUUGACCUUUUGGCAUUUCUUAGUUUGAAUGUGGUGUCAACGACCUUUUGCUAUAACACCGCUGUGUUAGUAGGAUGAAGAAGAACCUCCCACAUCAUUUUUACAGUAGUUGGAGUCCCAUGAUGUUGUGCCUUUGCAUAAAUCCUAACAUUUGCACUCGUCAUGUUUGCUAAUUAUUGCAUACUUUCAAAUAUCUCAGUAUCUCCUCUAACUCAGUGUAGCAUUUAUCCAUACAGCUGAAUGGAGGCUCAAGCCACACACAGCCAAUAAAUGACCCCAUCCAUCAAUCGAUUGUGUUUUGAUUGGCCAAAGUUGUGUCUGAAAUGUGCAUCAUGGACCCAAGAGGACGUAAAAGAACAUUUGACAAAAACAUGUGCACUUCUGUAACGCUGUGUUUGGUUGGUUGUUUAUAUGGGUUGUCAAAUUUGAGGCUCUUGUUGUGAAACGGUUGUCAGUCAGCAAGUCACACAGGAGCAGGCAGAUGUCUUGCAUACAUUAGACGUGAUUGCUUUGGUACCUUUGGGCGAAGCACUAAUGCUAACAUUAAGUCAGUUUUAUUGCUCAUCAAACGGAGGAAGAAAAAGAAAAGAAGUGAAGAAAACUCUUAUUGAAUGCAUAACUCAAACUCUUAAAGUCGAUGCACCUGGGCCCCACUAUCAGCCAGUGUAUCCACCAUAGCAAUCCCCUGCCUGUCAGAGCGGCAGUGUCUUCUUACAGACACACAGUGUACCUUACUCUAGCCUCCAUAAGUCACCUCUGUAAAUAGCCCAGGACGGCCCUGCAUGCUUAGCAAGAGGCUAAAAGCCCCCCUGGGACAGACAGGGAGUUUAGGACCAUAUCUCACCUCAACUACUGGUCCCAUUGCUCUGCUGGCUCUUUAGGAAACUCUCUCUGCACUGUUUUAUGUUACUACACGCCCCUGUGGGUGCAGGCUGAAGUCCUAAACCAUCAUUUACACACACAAGUCAUUGGAUCUGAUCAAUUUCCUCUCGCUGCUGCCAAGUUGGGCUUCUUGGCUUGAGAAAGAGAUCCUUACUGGAGCCGGUCCCUGUUGGACUGUUACUCUGUUACUGACAUGCUGCCAGCUGGUCGUGACCAUUCAGCCAGCCAAUCAGGAAAGAGCACAAGAGGUGCUCAGGGGGGAUGCUUUAAAUAGCUGGUCAUUACCACCUAUGAAUCAGGAAGUAUGAAUUAUUAAAGUGCAGAGCUCAGGGAAUCAAAUCCAAUGGUCUUUGUCUGAGGCUUGGAUCAUGAAUGGAUGAUUGAUUAUGUCGUUUAUGUUUACUUCUAUUUUCAGGUGCCACAGUGUCACAUUAUUGUUACCCAUUAAGGGGAAAAACAGUACAGGAUACACUUCUUGUUUUUUGUUUCCUGCACCUGUUUUCUGAUUUUAUGACGAUGGGGAAUGUAUUUCUAAAGAGCUGAACAUUUGCUGCCGUUUCUUUUGGUGUUUCUCAUUUUCCCCAGAUAGCACUGCCAUUUUCCAUGCUGAGUGUAAAUUGCCUUUCUCUAUUUUCAAACGACAAUUUUCUCCUUCGUGCCAUAGUGACAGAAUCGGGUAAUUUUUGCAAAUUAGUGCGGAGAAUAAUCUUGUGAGAGCUAUCUCAACUCCAACAAUAAGAGUUGACCAUGCAUGAAAGCCUUUGGCUGAUUAUUGCUUUCAGAUUAAGACGUUUCGGCUCACUGGAAAAGAAACUAUAAACAUUUAACAUCAUAAAGCUUGUUGCUAAUUCAGACUUUUUUAUCCACUGGGUUGACUUCUAGCACUAGUGUCUUUGGUGUACUUUAAAGCUGCAGAUGGGACUCAUACAUAAAUGCUUUUGUUGGUCUGACACACAGAAAUCUGUCGACAUUAAAAUGAUAUUUCAAAAAGAGUGAAACCUUGACAGCUACAGCAAAUCAUCCACAAACUCAUCAAUUUCGUCCUGUCACUCCAAAAAUAUGUCCAACGUGCCACCUCUGACCCCAGAUGGAAUUUUUCUUACUCUGUGAAAAAUAAUCCAGUGUAUCCUCUCUGCUGUGAAAGGCUCUGGAAAGCUGAACUGCUGACACAACAAGGGAUUGACAAUGAAAGAUGUCCGUGCAACGACCGGAGCGUUUGUAAAGUCGUCAUUGGACAAAAUAACAUCGUGUUAGUCCGUUGUGUUUUUGUACAGGAAUAAUUGGUUGGAUUAAAAGGAGGAAGACAUAUGGGAGAGUCAGAACGACACUUCCUGCUGGCUAGAUCCCAGUACAGGUCCGUGGCUAUUUGCACACUUACAAAAAAAGUGCGGUUGCCAACUGAAACCAGUCGAGCAGCUUAAACACAAGUUCUUGAAUGAUAUUUAAUUUCUGUUGACACAAAGUUAGUCCAUGUAGUCCAUUAUAGCAGUAGCAGGGACAGGUAGAAACAACCAUAGCUCAGUGGCGAGGUCCUAAUGGAAGUAUACUGGAAAGACACAUGAACCAAUCAAGACUUUUCAGAUUUGGAAGAGCAAGUUUAUGACGGCCUCCCUUAUGUUGAUAUUACUGGAUGUAACUCAUCAGCUGAGACCCAAUGACUAUCGAAAAUGAAUGACACAGUAGCUUUUAAUUGAGCUUGAUUACAAGCGAUGAAAUAAACCAAAUAAUACAAAACACAGGUUAAAGCUCCUGUGGGGAGUUUUUAGCUGGUUUUGAAACGUCCUGAAUUUAAAACUGGUGCCUCUACAGGACUUGACACUAACUUUUUUUUAGGGGCACAAUGAAAACUGAUCAAAUAAUGUUUGUCUUAUUGGGCGACAUAAGUACUAUUAUUUGAAAUCAAUUUUAGGUCAGUUGGUCACAUAACAUGGAAGCUAUUGAAGUAAAUGUUAAAAAUGUGCCUUUAAAUUUAACAAAAAAAAUAUUGGAGGAAAAAUUUGGGAAAUAUUUGAAAUCGAUUUUAGGUCAAUUGGUCACAUGACAUUGAAGCUAUUGAAGAAAAACAGCCUUUUUUUUAGAACAUCAACCGGUAAUUUAUUGAUGGUCCCUUAUUCAACACCCGACGUUGACAGCGAGGGUGCCGAGUAGAUUUAACCGCACUGCUGUUGCUAUUCCCGGUUAUGGAGAGUGAGAGGACAUGGGUAGAUCUGCAGUGAAUGUCCGUCAAAUAUCCGACCUAAAACUAGGAGACAAAGUUUAUCAUGUUUGACUGUCAAAGGAACCAAGAUACUUACAGGACCAAAGAGAUACGGCGCCAAAAUUAACACUAACCUGGAGUUCCCCACUGGAGCUUUAAUGCAAUGUUCAUUAGUCACAACUUAACGAAGGCUAUUAUGGGUUAUUUUGGGUAGUUAUUGAUUCAUGUUUGCUCUGUAAACACUAUUUGUCAAAAUCAACUUGUUAAUGCAGCUUUGGUCCUUUGUACCACUUAGUCUUUCAAACUUCUCCCUCUUGUUUCUCAAAUUUUGAUAAUAAGAGGCCUGAAAAUGCACCAUUUGUGGAGAGCCACAUUCUUGGCUUAGCAACAAGGCUUAACAUAGCUCUCAGCGGGAAAUUUCUCAGUUCUGUUUGACAUCUGGCGGAGUGAUCGCAGGUGGCUAACAUUCAAUUUGUGCAAAGUAACAACGGCCAUCCAUUAAGUGAAUUAGAAGCUGAAACAGGGGGGGAUAAAUCUGACCGUCCUGAUGGUUUGGUCUCAGGAUAAACCGCCUCACCUGCAGCAGCAUAAACCAAAAAUAUCUCUUUAUUCUGACUCUGGUCAAGUGUUGUUCAGCAGAAGUGUAACAGCCAGGGAACAAGAAUUAUCGAGAAUACACCACAGGCUGUUGUUGUUCUCGCUAAAAUGUUGUUUUCAUCUCAUGUUGUGACUUUGCUGAGCUCUUUCUGUCCUGUUUUCAUAUCCUCACACACUCUCUCUUUUCUGUUUGAACUCCGACCUUUGGCAUACAGCUUACUGUAAGCGCCCGCACUCAUCAAUCACAGCCCUCUACACGGCUCAUGUUGCAGCGAUCUUUUACUCACCACCUCUCCCUCCUCUUCAACACACACACACACACAUAUUGUUGCUAGGGCACCCGAGAUAGCAACAACCACACCUUACUCACCCUCUCUUUAAUGUCAUGCAGCACCCUCAGAGAAAAGAAAAACAGUUCAUACAAUAUUGUGCAGGAUUCUCUACCAUUUUUGUAUUCUUUAGUCUGCUGUGAUCUUCCCCUUCCACCCAAAUUCAGAAAAAAGAAAAGAAGAGUUUGUAGAGAGGUGUAGGAAAGAGGGAGUAUAUGUCAGAGCCAGAGUGAGAGGGCUGAGAAUAUCUGGAUGCUCUACCUCCUCCUACUCCCACAUUUCCGUGAGGAAAGUAUGGUGAGAAGUUAAGAAUCUUAAGUAAGGUUGUAAAAAGAAGACAGGGUAGGCAGAGCUUGGUUGAGAAGCCUGUUUGGGCUUUGACUUACACGCAAUGAGAAGGCUGGAUGUUCUACCCUCUCCUACUUUCACCUUUUCAUGAGAAAAGAGGAAGGUAAUAGUCAAUAAUCUUUAGCAAAAUGCUAGAAAGAAGACAAGAGGCAGAUCCAGACUGGAAAGAGUGUUUAAAAUACAACUUAACCCAGCUGACUUAAACUGCAUACACUUCCCUCCCCCUACUCCUACUCUCACUCUUUCAUGAGGAAAAGGAGAAAAGAAAAAGUCAAGAAUCUUUAUAAAAAUGUUAGAAAUUAGACAAGAGGCAGAUCCAGGGUGGAAAGGGUGUUUAAAAUACAACUUAUCCCUGGAUGCUCUACCUCCCCCGUUCUUGAUUUUUCAUCAGGAAAGAGAGGAAAGAUGAGAGAAAAUUUAAAGUCUUAAGCCAGGGUGAGAAGCCUGUUUGGGUGAUGACUUACUGCCACUAAGCUAGACUGGAUGCUCUACCUCUCAUUUCUCCCACGUUUACAUGAGGGAAGAGAGAAAGAGAAAGCCAAGAGGUAGAUGUUUCAAAAGAGAAAGAAGGAAGAAGUUUGUUUGAGAAAGUCUGGAUGCUCUACCUCCCCCUACAUCCUGUUUUAAUGAAGGAAGUGAUUACAGAUUAGAGACAGCCAAGAGUCUGUAGCAAGAUGCUACCAAGUAUAGCUGGAUGCUCUACCUCCCGCCUCUCUAAGAUUUUCUUGGACGGAAUUUAACAAUUUGUGACCAGACUCUAGAAACAGGUCUAAGGAGGCAGAUCCAGGGUGGAAAGACUCUCCCACCCACUGGUCACCCCCACUGAGUGCUCUACCUCCCCCUACUCCCUCACUUCAUGAGGAGUUAACCACUGGCAGAUUAAUGUCAUACCUGUAGAUCAUCAGUGUAUUAGUAUGAUAACACAUUUUAACGCUAAUGCUAACCUUCCUUUUAAAACACUUUUGUCUUUGUAGACAGUCAAGAGAUAGUCUUGAUUGUGGUUAAAAAUUUUGCACCAGAUAUUCAACACUGUUAAAUCUGAGUAAGAAAACAUGUUUGCCUUAUUGUUGAACAUGAUAAAACUGCUGCCACAAAGGAACAAAAGAGUGACUCAAACGGCAGCAGAGGCUUGAUUCAUGAUGACUAUGUUCCUACAAAAUACUCAGAGUACAGAGAAACACGACGAGAGCUGAAGGGCUCUCAGAGAAGAGCCCUAAAGACAGCUUCAGGGCUGUUCUUUGCCCAAACUAAAUAACAUGUUUAGAUGACAAAGGUGACACUCUGUCGUCUCAUAGUAUAUAGUGAAUCUUCCAGGUUUUUUGGAGGCUUCUAUUUUGUCUUUUCUGAUCUCAAUCCAUCUUCGGAGAGAUCUGGGAAAAAGGUCAGACUUCAGACUGUCGCCGUGGAAACCGUUCUCCAAACGGACGACUGGAGUCCUCCUCCUUUCGCUGGUACAAUAAAUUUUAUGCUUACAUUUUUAAUAAGCAGUAUGGAGAGAGACAGAGAGAAAAGGAGGGACGAGGAGUGUGAUAUUGUGUGGGCUAUUUUUGGCGAUGUGCCUGAUAGCCUGCUGGAUCACCAUACCUGCUGUCUCCUGAAAAACCAGGCUCUGUUCGGGAGAUGUCCUCGAAAACAAGUCCGCCUGAAGUUUCAAUUUAUAAACCUGUCAGGCAAUCUGAUAACUACUCUGAUUUCAGGCGACAAACAUCAACACCCCCACAUCCAGAAUGCCUAAGUAGGAAUGGAUCUCAUUACUACAUCUUGGCCGAGAGGCUAAGUCUCAGGGGUACUCAGGAGGGUCAUAUCAGGUGCUGAAGCCGCAGCCACCUUAAAUCCCCUUGAAGAUAAUCAAGCAUCUCCUCCGCUUCAGAGGACCACUUCCCGACCAGAAAUACUCUGAAUUUCCCGUUACUAAGUGGCCCCGCUGUCAAACUGUGUGAAGCAAUGUCAUAUUUUAAUAGAUCUCCUCUUUCCUUUCUUGCUCUCCAUCUCGACCCCCAAUUAAUAGUGUGAAAGAGACACUAAAUUAAGAACUCAUUUGUCAGAUCUGGUGUGAUUAAAUGAGACAGGAGUUAAAUUUAGAUGAAGUGUCCUUGGUGUUAUUCUCUGAAGAAAUCUCAUCAGUGUCAGUGUGUCUGCUGGUGAUAAUGGUGUUCCGGCUCCCCCAGUUUGUCGGGUGUAAAGGGCCACCUGUUGGGGGAAAUGGUUACAGAAUCUUUUCUUAAUUGAUUUUCAGGGUUAAGAGUUUCCGCUGUUGAAUCUCGACAUUUUUCUGUUACAAUAUCACACAACGCAAUGUUUAUUUCUUGUUGGUUUUCUUCAAUUUGGUUGAUGUCUCUGUCGUUAAGCUGCCUCCCCUAGUUUCUGUGCUGUUUCCCUAAUUUCUUUUUCUCUCUUCUUUCUUUCUUUCUUUCUUUCUUUCUUUUCUCUCUCAAUUUUUUCUUUUGUUCUUUUUAAAAUUACUUUCUUCCGUCCUAUUUCCUUUUGUCAUUUCUUGUCUAGUUUUUUCCUUUUCUUUUUUCUUUCUUUACCUUUCUUUCUUUCUUUUUCUUUCUUCUUUCCUAUUUUGCCUUUCUUCUUUUCUUUUCUCCUUUCUGUCUUUCCUCCUUUCUUCUUUUCUUCUUUUCCUUUCUUCUUUCCUACUUUGACUUUCUUUUUUCCUUUUUUCCUCCUUUUUUCCCCACUAUUUCCUUUCUUUCUUCCCCAUUUAUUCUUUGUUUGUUUGUUUGUUUGUUUCUUUCUUGUUAACACUGUUUUCUUGCUGUUCAAAUUAUUUCUUCCAUUCUUUUACUUUUCCUUCCUCUCUCUUUUGUUUCUUCUCUCUUUUUUCUUUUGUUCUUUUUAAAAAUUUGCUAUUUCUCCGAUUUCCUUUCUUCCUUUCUUUUCUUCCUCUUUUUCUUUCUUCCUCUUCCUCUUCUUUUUCCUUUUUUCUCUUCUCUUUCUUCUUUUUUUCCUUUCUGUCUUUCCUUCUUUCUUUUUUCCUUCUUUUUCUUCCUUUCUUCUUUCCUACUUUGUCUUUCUUCUUUCUUUUUUCCUUCCUACUUCUCUUCUUCUAUUUCCUUCUUUUUCUUUUCCUUUUUCCCUUCCCAUUUCUUAUUUUCUGUAUUUUUUUCUUUCUUUCUUUCUGUCUUUCUUUCUGUCUUCUCUCUUUCUCUUUUCCUCUUUUUUCUUUUUUGGUGUCUGCUCAGCCAUUUUACACUGAUUGGAUUUUGUUUAAGUAAUUCUAAAAAUGUCCCUCAUGUUAAUGACCAAAUGUUAAAGAAACUCACAUUUUUGCCACAGUGUCAACAGGCAGAGGUCUUUCUGUGGAUUAUUUUUGUUUGACAUGUGGAUUCAGGUUUUUCCUUGUUUCUCUUGGCUGUUAAAAUAAAACAUGAGUCAACAGGAAUCGAGUGUGUAAAACAGGCAGCGAAUAAUUCAGGACUCUUGGUAAAGAAAUCCCCUUUGUCUGCUUUUUUUCCCGGCACUUCUUUCUUCUUUAAAAAACAGAAAUAUUAAAGCGUAUCACAGACAUGUCUGCUCAUCUGUGUGGUAGAUGUAGAUGACCUGAGGAAAUACAGAAAACACAAUCUUAAACUAUUGUCCUCUUUGUCUAUUCAAGACGGGCAUUUCUGUGAAACUGCAGUUCUGGAGUAGAUUUUUGUACCGUCACGAAUCAUUUCUCUAAUCUCUCUGAAUUGAAACAUUUUUCAUGUUUUUUCCCUGAAGUCAAGGUGUUAGCAGCCGCCUCUCAGGCAGAUGAAUAGGGAUGAAAAUUUGAAAAGCAGUCUCUACAGAGCACUUUGGAACAUCUGUUUUGGUAAAAACAUGAAAUGGUGUUAUUAUCACCGGUGCUUUUCAAAGCAGCUGUCGACUGCGGCAGGCCGCUGUUUUCUCUCAUUUUUAAAAUCUGAGAAUAUAUUUCUAUCACUUUUUUAUGGCAGAUAAAUCUCAGGAACAUGGUUUUAACAAGAAAACAUUAAAAUCAGAAUUUGGUGUUGGUGGAACUCGACCGUACAUCCUUGACGUGAAUGAAGGUGAUAUCGAAGUAGUGACCUUUUUAUCAUUUCUGUGAAAAUUUCCCCAAUGAUGAUUAGAAAUGGAUGAUAAGUCAAGAGUUAAGUUUGAAUAAGUAAACUUAUAUAUGAACUUUUAUAUUGUGUUUCUCCAUACCUGUAUCGCCUGUUUUCAAUUUUACUCACUGUGUUGUUUAAAAUCUUACAUUAUCGAUAAAUAUUACGAUAAUAUUGUUAUCUUGACAGCAAAGAGAGAACUGGAUGCACAGUGAUUUGAAGAAACGUUUCAUACCGUCUCUGAUUUAGUUUAGUCUGUGAACUUUUUGAAUUUUUUUUAACUUUUUGAAUUCCUCAAACUUGCAUCAUGAGAUAACUACUGUUGUGAUUUGGUGCGAUAUAGAUAGAAAUUGAUUGAUUGAUGAUUGAACUCUCAACUCUCUCGGAUUAAUCAGGAGCAUCAAUAUCGUGAAUUCGUCGUGUUUGUAGGAAAACAACAGAGUGGAAAGGAGUCACCUCAAAUCUUGAAUAAGGUUUUUGAAAUAAAACUAAGCGUAAAAUUGGCCAUUUUUGAUUCAAAAAGUUCAGUAUUAAAAGAAACUCUUAACUUCUGUUCUUUAUUUGAUGUUUUCGUCUGAGAAUUCACUCUGGCUCUGUUCUGAACCUGUUAAUAUACGUAUUACAGAAGUCAAACAUUUCAUUCUCAACAGAGAAAAUUAGAAACUAAACCUGUGAAAUUUAUAUUUUUUUAAAUUUCAUUUCUAAACUGUCAAACAAACCAAAUAUCAAUCAAACAGCCUGAUAUUUCUGUAAGUUUUUCCAAAAGUUUGGGUUGUUGUAGGAAAUGAAAUUCAAAUAAAACUUAAAGGUUAUGAAGAAAUUUUCCCAUUUUUGCUUAAUCUACUAAAAUGUGCAAAAAUAGGAAGGCCUUCUUAAAGUCUUGAUGAAGGUGGCGGACGACUAACCCAUGAUGAGGACCAGAGACAAUUUGUGUUUUAGUCCAAGUAUUUUGCAGAAAUAACCCAAUUUUUACAAGAAAAGAACCACAAACAUGUUUUUCUUUUUACAGUUUCCAACAGUAUCUCACCGCCUCAUGAUUCACCCAGGUCAGUCACGAUACUUCUCAAAUCCAAAUAAUCCUCAAUUAAACAAUCACUGCUCUUUCUGAGGAAAGUGUAAAGCACUGAACGCUUUUUAUGGUUUUUAUGUAACGCACAUAAAGAAGGUCGACGAGCUCAGGAGGCUCUCUGAGUUUAUUAUCUGAGGCUGUUUCUAAUGGGACUUAUUGCUGUCACAGAUCGUUCCAGACACUUCUGCUCGCACAGUUUGUUGUUGUUGUGAAUCAGCUUGUGUGCCUGUGAGAUUUCGGAGAGCUUUCCGUGCGUUUCGUCAUGUCCCCGUGACACCAUGUCGAGCCAGGAAAAGGAGGGUAGCAAACUCCAGGUUAAAAAGUCAGGAGAUGAGGUUUGAGUUCGGUUUACGGCGUCUAAAAACAUCAGUCAUAAAUAUCUGAUAUCUGGGGGAUAAGCCUCGAUUUAGCAGUGCGUAUGCAUGAGGCGGUGGUUAAGUCAGAGUAUGUUUUAUACAGUAUUGUAUCUGAAUCUUUCAUGAUCACCUCGGCGCAGUGUUAUGUAACAGCCUGCUGUAGAGCGUCCUGAUGUGUUACAGCAGCCAUUACUAAUUCAGAAUCUAGCUGAGGGGAAAAGCUGCAUGAACUUCUAAUUUUGCACAGAUCCCAGGACAGGAAGGCAGAAAACACGGCUGCUUUAAAAACCUUUAAUCCUCCUGAGUUUUACAGAUUCAACACUUUUUAUUCAGGGUGCACGUUAGAGGUACUUUCAGUGUACUUGUGUAAAAAAAAAAUUAAAAUGUACAGUUUGGAAAUCGUUUAAAAACAGAUGUUUAAGUGAAAAUUGAAAGGUCGAGACAGGGACGAGGGCGAAACAUUGAAAAUGUUACGUAAUACUAAAAGAAAACCACAUGUAGGAACAUCCUCACUUAAUAAGAUUAAUGUGCAACAAAUCAGAAACAUGACUCAGUAUCAGAGACCGAGUCCUUCAGAAGUGGAAACAGACUGUGAGAGACUGCGUUAAAAAGUAGAUCCACAGUUUCAGAAUAUUAAGAUUUCAUCAUCUGAACAAUUGCAGAAAAUCCAGAAAGAGGUUGAGACUAAAAAACCUCAACGGGACAACUGUUAUCUUUGGUUCUUUGGCAGCAUCAUGCUUUUAACAGACUUGACUUUGUAGUGGAAAUCACAGCAGACCUGUUUUAAAAAAUUGCAUUUUUAUAUAAUUGUGUUUUCACAGAAGUUGUUGUUUGUGGGAGAAACUAAGUUUAUCAUCUUGAUUGGAGAAAUCUGAGAGAUUCACGCUUUUUGUAUCCAAGAGGCCAAAACCUCACGACAUGUCCUCAGUUUGCUCUGCAUCCUGCAGUAUCUGACUGUAUGCGGACUUUCCUGAACACCUUUGAAUAUUUACACCCAGGGCAUGAAUAUUAACGCCAGCCGAGCAAAGUUAUUCCUCAGCUGUUGAAGAACUCGUCCUCAGGGUUUUCAAAGAGUGGCUUACAUCACCAGGUGACGCACACAGACUCGUGUUUCACUCAUCAAGAAGAAGAAGAAUAAGAAGCGGUCUUAGAGGUUCAGAUGUAGACCUCUGAAAGAAAAGAUCAGACCUUUAUUGAUAUAACACCACUAGACAACAAAACUAGCAGAAAGAUGCGACGUAAAGAUAAGUGGAUCAGAUUGAGCCUCAUCCUGUAAGAUCAGACCCACUUUGCAGCAUUUAGAGAGAAAGAACUUCCUUUAACAGGCAGAAACCUCGAGCAGGAACAGACUUGAGAUGACUUUGGAGUUAGAGAGGGGAUAGAGGGAGAUGGACCCAGACAAGAUCAGAUCAGACCCACUUUGCAGCAUGUAGAGAGGAAGAAGCUCCCUUGACAGGCAGAAACCUCGAGCAGGACCAGACUCUUUUUAGACAGUCAUCUGCUGAGAUGGCUUUGGCAUUAGAGAGUGACUAGAGGGAGAUGGACAGAGAGAAGAUCAGAUCAGACCCACUUUGCAGCAUUUAGAGAGAAAGAACUUCCCUUAACAGGCAGAAACCUCGAGCAGGACCAGACUGUUUUAGACAGUGAGACAGGUUUGUAGAUAGAGAGCGGCUAGAGGGAGAUGGACCAAGACAAGAUUAGAUCAGACCAGACCCACUUUGCAGGAUUUAGAGGGUUAAAGGGUAGAGGAAGAAGUUCCUUUAACAGGCAGAAACUUUGAGCAGGACCAGACUCUUUUUAGACAGUCAUCUGCUGAGUUUGCUUUGGAUUUAGAGAGGGGAUAGACGGAUAUGAACCAAAACAGGAUUAGAUCAGACCCACUUUGCCGCAUUAAGCGAGGACCAGACUGAUGUCAGACAGUCAUCUGCUGAGAUGGCUUUUAAGUCAGAAAGGGAACAAACAACAACAAUAGUGUACAGACGCAUGCUUACAAUGCCAGAGAUGAUUGAAAAUUAGCUCCGUAACUGUGUUGAAAACAGUGAAACUGAUCCUUGUAGUUUUGUUUCUCAUCCUUCUCUAACUUUAAAUCCAAGAAACAGAAAGCCUGAAUAUUUCUAACUCUUCUUAUCACCUCAUUGACAUGUUGCUCAAACUUAAUUAAAAAUUUGGUGUGGAAAUUCAGUCAGUGAUUGAUCAGUACAACUUAGGUCUGAAAAGAAUCCAGCAGGUCUAGAAAUUACAGAAAGGAUUGUAACCGGCUGAAAAACUCAAUGCAUGUCUCGGUGAAUGGCGUGCAAAUUACUGUAAUUACGGCUUCAUCGUUUUUUUUCCCUUUUCUUUUUCAAACCUGAAAUGUCUCAGGAAGCCCGCUGAGUCCCCGUGCGACUUAUCUCUGCAGCAGUAAAGGUCAGCUGUACGCGAGGGGAAGGAGCGCUUGUCAGAGAGGGUGUUAGGCGACGUGAAAUCUUGGCAUUUGGUAAAGAAAUACUGACCUAACUGAGUCGAAGAUAACCAACACGGUACUGUGAUUAGAAUUCAUCUGCGGAUCUGUCACUUUUGCACUUCGCCGCAUGGUUCUUGAGCUUUCCGUCAGGAGCAACACCUGCAAUUCAAGCUGCUUUGAUACUAAGUAAACCGACAUAUAGGCCGACCCGGCACAGGUCACUGUAGAGCGAGUUUUGGGGGGUGGUCAAAUUGCAAGAAAUGUGACCCCCAGCUACUGCUCUGAAAACCCACCACUCUCUCCCUGCACGCCGUUUGGUGCCACAGCCAAGUGCGUUAAGGACCCAGGGGAACGGUUUUGACGACUCAUCGUGGCACUCUGCCCGGGUCUUGUGUCACUCCAAGGGUUGACACCGAGUUGGGGCCAAGGGAUUGCACUCUUGGCUUUGCGCACUCGGACUCCUGGAUGGGUUUGUUUUUUAUCAGGGAACAGAUCAAGAGUUAAAGUCACUCGAGACUGAAAACAGCAAACGCUUACUCACUCUUACACACCUUGUGAUACUUGAUAUGAGGAAAAAAAGGGGAUCAAGUAUGGAUCCUUGAGGUACGCCACAAGUUAUUUGUACGGUGGGAGACUUGAAUGGUUUGUUUUUGUCACAGAAGAUGUUCAGAUAGACGUAGAGAGUGCGAAAGUAGACGGAGACCACGAGAGAAACCUCCUGAAAACAGAAAUGGGAGAAGUUUGAGCGAGCGUGUAAACUGGCGUGUCGUGUGUCCUCUUCCAUUCAUCAUCUGCCCGGCCGUCCCUCCCUCCUCCCUCCACUUUCCACGCCCAUUUCUAUAUGUAACAGAUCUUCGCCUUCUUUCUGCACACAACAUGCUUUCUUACCCAUCCUUAUAUAGCUGUGGGAGUCCAUGCUUUGCUGGACACAGCGAGCACCAACAACCUCUUAUAAAUACCCCCAGAGUUACAAAUAUGGCCGUGUCCUGCUGUACAGGGAGGGGGGCAAUAUAGGGAAGAGCUUUGAGGAUUAGCCGUGUCGAAUUUUCUUCAAACUGCAAACUUUGUUGUUAAAUUUCUGGCUCUCCAGGGAAGUUUCUUCUAUUUUGCUGUGAUUUUUUUUUAUUUUUAUGUUUUUGUAAGAGAAACCUUGACUUUGGUUCUUGUGCGGGUUAUCUUUAAAGAAGCGAAAAUGCAUCAGAAACGGAGCUGUAGAAGUAUUUUAUUAUCUCUGAUGUCAAAAUGUUGUUUUGGUUGCACAGAAUUUUUUAAAAUAAAAAAGUCUCCAUAAUUUUGCUUCCAUGCAGUGAUUGAAAAUGUUUGCAAACAACACCUUCAAUGUUGUCUACUUUUUUGUAUUUAGUCCUAUUCAUAAUCACUGAUAAUUGCCUUAACUUGUUGUGAUGCAGAAUUUGACUUUGAGGCUCUAUAAAGCAAAAAAAAAAAAAAAAAAAAAACAACAUCUUGAUUCAAACUUAAUAUCCAAAUCAAAUCUCUAGAUCUAAUGGAAAUUUUAAAAAAGCCUAAAAUGUGAGUUUAAUGUCUAAUUUGAAAGAAACAAGUGUAGAAGAUUGGGUUGUAUUUGUAAAUUAUAACUGUAGGAAUCCAAGAAACAGCUUAUUAUUUGGCUACCAACUAAAUUUAUCAACAAAAUGACACUAAAUUUCGGUUUUUGGAAGUUUUUUCUUUUGCUUAGAUUUCAUAGCACCUCCAUGAAUUUAUCGCUUCCUUAAGGAACUUUUGAUUUGUGAUGAUUGUGGCGCCCCCUGCAGAUAUAUACCUUCAACACGCAGAGUUUUGAUCAUUUAUUGUGAUAUAAAGCUAAUUUUUUUUAGCAGAUCUUUUGAUACCGACCCCUUUGCGCCACAAAAUAACUGUAAAUAAUUAGUCAGCCUUGUUUCUGGUGAUCUUGUUGGCAUGAAUUUCACUUGGCAUGAACAGGCAGAUUUGAUUUGUCCUGGACUACUUCCUGUGGAUUGAUUUUAUACGAUGUGUGGGAUCAAAACUCUUCCGAUACCCAUCCAGCUUUUGCAUGAAUUUUCACUGCUUGUUAAAGUUGUUUGGAGUGUUAUAGAUCUCCCUGUGUUUUAUCAUCACGUUCAAUAUCACUGUUUUGAGUUUGGACCUAUUUUUUCUCCUGUGAAGGCCACUCGGAAUUGUUGUAAACCUGGAGGCUGUGACUAUUGUGCUUUGCCCUAAAGCGUUACCUCUUCUUGCAGUUGGCAACAAUUCAAGCGACAAAUAUCUUGCAGGUAUGUCAAGGUCUGCCUUUUUGUGUCUGUGAAGCUCGGCUGUGAAAACAAAGAUCCUCCUGCUGCUGCGGUAUCUGCUGAUUGUUCUGGUCCACUCCUUGACUGCAGUUUGGUCAACAACAAAAAAAGAGACGAAAUUAGACAAAACGGAGAAGGUGCAACAGACCGGUGGAGACUGAACUGCUUUCAAAGCGGCUUUGGCUGUGCCAGAGUCUGUAAUUGAUUGUAUCUUUGUAUGCCACAGUGAACAGACUGAGAGACAAAGUGAAUACUGGAUGAAAAAGGCUGCUUUCUAAUCUAUUAAUCAAGCUUUAACAUUUACAUCCAUUCACCUUUCUUCCUUUUUGUUGAAGCGAAAAGAUCACGCCAAAAAAAUCGACUUUUUACGUAUCAGUGACGGCUCAUAGUACGAGUUUCAUUCUUUGGAAGUUUGAUAAAUGCACCCAAGGCGUUCAAAAACAAGCGCACAACCACGCUAACAGAGAGCGCAUUAACAGUUAGCAAAGCUACGCUAUUGCUAAGCUAAGCUGGGUAUAUGCUAGCCUAGUCGGUGUAAGAUCGAAUGUGUUUGCUAAGCACAUAAAUCAAUUAGAACAACACUCGUAAGAAAUUAAGAGGCGAAAAUGAUAGAUAAUUAAUUUUCAGCUUACAGAGGCUAGUUUGCUAGCUAGCGGCUAAUUAUGAGAAUUUCUCUAGUUAAGUUUUUAGAAAUACGAACCGGGCCUUCAAAACUAGUAAAACUGAAAUUGUGAUUUGGUGAAAUUACCCAAAAACAGAAAAAAAGUUUGACUCUAAACAUAGAUCUCCACAAACUAGCUUUCACACGGUGAUUAUCUGGUGUUAAAAAAUCCACACCCAGUCCAAUCAUGUUUUCUGGACUCUUGGAGCCAAAGGAAUGGAUGGCAUGAAGGAUUGCCAAAUGAGGAUCAAACUUGGCACACUCUAUAAAACUGCACAGGCUUCUUGUGUAGUUGCUUUGCAGGGGUUUGGCCGUUUAUGAUUGUUAUCCAUUUUGCAAUGCUGCUUUGCAAGCUGCCACAUUUAGCUUUUGAGUCACUUGAUACAAACUAUAACCUUACAGUGAAAGGGGCAGACAUGCUUUGAUGCUCUGCUGGUGCUACAUGGAUCGCUAGAGCGCUAAAACUGGGGAGCGACUAGAGAGAAAUAGGAAUGGAAUUGUCAAGAGCAGAAAUUAAUGGACAAGAGUAGAUUUUUUGUUGAAGUAUUAAAGUUAAAAAUAGAUGUUUGUUUCAAUUUGUAAAAGUACAAGAUAUUUUAUUGUCCUGCUCCUGAUGUCAGCUUAAUAAAAUCUAACAAAACAGCGGAAACAUAAAUAAAACAGUUUUAUCACAACAUCAGAAACUUUAAAAGACGUUAUUUUUGCAUUUCAAAAAUUUUAGCACAUUUUUACCGUCACAAAAUUUCACAUCUAUAAAUGCUUAUAAAAUGUUUGUACAUCUGUUCAUGCACAAAGUUAAUUCUAGAAUUUUUUUGCACAUUCUAGAAUUUUUUUUCCCAUCUGUUAUCACAUUCAAAAAUUUUACGCAUCAUUUCUGUAACUUUUUUGCACAUGGACUAUUGUCGAGUCUUGUAUUACACAUAGAAAAACUUAAGCUGUUUAUUACUUUUCAGGAAUUUUGCACGUGUAAACGAACAUUGGUUAAACUGGUUAACUCUAUGUGAAAAAUUUUGCACAUUUGAAAAAUUUGCCUAUCAUCACACUUGAACCUCUUUGAUUUCACAUUCAAAUUUGCAAAUUCAUUUUCGCAUCACAAAACUUAAAGAAACAGUAGCAACUAGAUAAAACAGUUUUAUCACUACAUCAGAAACUUUAAAAAACAUUAUUUUUGCAUUUAAAAAAUUUUAGCACAUUUUUACCAUCACAAAAUUUCACAUCUAUAAUUGCAUAUUGCACAAAGUUAAUUCUAGAAUUUCUCUUGCACAUGCAUUUUUGCCACAUUCAAAAAUUUUACGCAUCAUUUUUGUAGCUUUUUUUGCACAUGGAAUAUUGUCAAGUCUUGUAUUGCACAUAGAAAACUUGAGCUGUUUAUUACUUCUCAGGAAUUUUGCACGUGUAAACAAACAUGGUAAACUCUAUGUGAUAAAUUUUGCACAUUUUAAAAAUUUGCCCAUCUCUCAUCACACUUGAACAUCUUUGAUUUCACUUUCAAAUUUGCACAUUUAUUUUCGUACACAAAAAUUUUGCACAUCUUUAUUUGCAACUUAAGCUUUUACACUAUUUUUACUCAAUGAGGGGUGGUAGUGACUUGUGAAUAAAUUUACAGUCAGUGUGUUUGCGCAUGUAUGCGGCAGCUUUUCCCGUGAGCUCCUCGCCUUUCCAGCCACACCUGUCGCAGCGUCUCUUCCCCCUUGACAUAGUUGGCUCAAGUUCUGCCCCUCUUGUUCUUCUGGAAACCCUGCUGUCCCCGCUCUUCUCGCUCUGGCUAUGAGGGCUGUCAAUUGUUGGCUUCAGUUUCACUCCGAUUUAGAAAGUGCAAGGCAGCAACCCAGCGCUUUUUGCUUUCAAGGCUUUGGGAUGAAUAUGAAAUGUCAGGGGGGUGAUUUGCAUAAAUGAAACAGAAAGUUUUAUUCUGAUAGAAGUUGAAAUGAGGGAACUUCUGCGAUCAGAAGAACUCAACACAACUUUCUUUGUAUCUCCCUUACUUCCCUUUCUUGUCCCGUCUCUUUCACUCUUUUCUGUCUCGGCUUCUCUCUUUAUUUUUCUCUCUCUUUUCCUGUCUCUGUCUCUCCAUCCAGCUCGCGGCCCAAGUGCUGGACGAUCUUGACGAUGAGGACAUUGGAUUCGGCCUGGUGGAUGAAAAGAACGGCGCCGCUGUUGCCAAGAAGCUGGGUACGCUUGCCAGUCACUCACAGAGACCUUACUGGUGGAAACAUUAGGAGGGGAAAAAAGCGUUGGCUUGGUUUGAAUCGUCUGUUUCUAUCAAGUCUCCCUCUUUUCUCAUGGCCUUUCCUGGAAGUUUGAACCCCUGCAUUGAACAAAUUGGCUAAUGCAACAGUUUGUCUUGAGUUUCGGGCAACAUUUUACUGCAGUUAUAAACACAAACUGUCUUUAAAGCUCCUGUGAGAGUUUUUAUCUGGUUACAUAACGGGCUUGAAUUAAUACUGAUGCCUCUUAAUGAUGUUAUAUACGUUAACUGAAACUAUGAGUGAGUGUGGGGGGUAGGUGUCAGUCAAGCCAAUGCUGCUGUUUUUACAUUUACAUUUUUACAUGUUUAACAGAGGGCACAGGGGGUGCCAAAAUCAACACAAAUGGAAAGUUCCUCCCAGGAGCUUUAAUAAUAAUAAUGAUGAUGGUGAUAAUAAUAAUUGAUAAUAAUAAUGAUAAUAAUAAUAAUAAUAAUAAUAAUAAUUGAUAAUAAUGAUAAUAAUAAAAUAAUAAUGGUAAUAAUAAUAAUAUUAAUAACAAUAAUAAUGACGAUAAUAAUAAUGAUAAUAAUAAAAAUAACAAUAAUAACGACAAUAAUAUUAAUAAUGAUAAUAAUAAUUAUAAUAAUGACAACAAUAAUAAUGGUAAUAAUAAUAUUAAUAACAAUAAUUAUAAUGAUAAUAAUAAUAAUACGACAACAAUAAUAAUAAUAUAAUAAUAAUAACAAUAAUAAUAAUAUGUAGAAUAAUAAUCAUCAUCAUUGUCAUCAUCAUAAUAACAAUAAUAACAACAGUAAUACUUAUAAUAAUAAUGACAGUAAUAAUAAUAAUAAUAAUAAUAAUAAUAAUAAUAAUAAUAGUAAUAAUGAUAAUAAUAAUGACAAUAAUAAUAAUAAUAAUAGUAAUAAUGAUAAUAAUAAUGACAAUAAUAAUAAUAAUGACAAUAAUAAUAAUAAUAAUAAUAUUUUUUUAUUAUUAACUUUAUUCAUAAGCACCUUUCAGGUGCUCAAGUUUACCUUACUGAACAAUUAAAAUGACAAAUAAAAUACACAUCGACGCAUCAAAAAGUUUUACAUAAAAUUUUUAAAUCUUGUCUCUGAGUCUGAGUAGGCCUGUCUAAAAUAAUGUGUCUUGAGAUGGGAUUUGGAAAUGGACAAUGAGUCAAUGUAAGUGUAAUCCGUUAUUGUUUUAAGGGGGUUAUAAUUAGCAACCGGUGUGUGUUCAUACUUUUGUGGGAAAUCAAAUCCUGCUAAAACUUGAAACUGGGCUUUAAAAAAACAUGUAGAUGAAUGUUAAUCUCACUGAAAAUGUCCUCCACUGUGAUUUCAGAAGGUUUUAUCUAGUCUUAGUAUCAAAUGUGUGUUUUUCAUACAGUUUAAAUGUUGUACAGCUCAGGGUGGGUGUUUUCAGCCUGAUGUAGUGUAGUCUAUAAAUAAAGCAACUCUGCCCUCAAGUGUUGAGCAAAGAUAUUACAGCUUCUCUGCACCAGCAGUUCUGUAAUGACCCACAAAUUCAGCAGAAAAUAUUCAUCCCAAUAUAUCACAGAAAAGCCAUUUAUGAGUUUUAAUAUGAAAGAAAAUACAGAUGAUACAUUUACAAGCCUAUUUAUAACACAUAUCAGAGUUCCUCUUUUGCUGUAUGUGAGAUUGCAGAAAGUGAUACUUGCAAUCACUCUCAAAUCGAUUACUCUUUACCUCCUCAAAGUGACACUGGUAUGACCUCUUUCCCACCAGGUCUGGAUGAGGUGGAGAGCAUCUACAUCUUCGCCGACAAUGAGAUCAUUGAGUACGAUGGAGAGCUGGCUGCAGACACCCUGGUUGAGUUCCUCUAUGAUGUAAGUCAUAUAUGAGAGGAGGCCGGGGUCGGAUUCUGACUGUGAGGGGCUCAGGCAGGGGUUACAAAAUAUUCAAAAAGAACAAGCACAGAGAAAGUUGUGCAGCAUUCAUUAGGGAAUUUCAAAAACAAUCUUGAGUGAUGUACAACUAAAACACUUUCGAUCUCACUUCUGGGGGUGUUACCAUUCUGAAGCAAACUGCAGAAAACAACAUCUUUUAAUUAUCCAUCCUCAUUUCCCGUCAGGUGAUUGAGGACCCCGUGGAGAUCAUCGACAACGAGCGUGAGCUGAAGGGUUUCCACAACAUGGAUGAGGUCAUCAAGCUGGUCGGCUAUUUCAAGAGCGAGAAAUCCCCCCGUAGGUUGAAGAUGGCGGUUAAAAAAGCUGAGCUGUAAAAAGAGAGUGCCGUCAUGAAUUUCAGUAAUGAAGUUUUAUUUACGUUGCCUCUUUAGACUACAUCGAGUAUGAUGACGCCGCAGAGGAGUUCCACCCCUUCGUCAAGUUCUUCGCCACAUUUGACCCCAAGGUUAAAACUUUUGGAUUCAUAUAUUAUUAUUUAUAAAUUCAUACACUGGUAGGAAACGUUUGAAACAGCAUUUUAAGAUAUAUAAUCUUUCUGAUUUUGAUUCUCUUCACAUUAUUUCAGAUCGCCAAGAAGCUGAAGCUGAAGAUAAAUGAAGUUGAUUUCUACGAGCCGUUCAUGGAGGAACCCGUCACCAUUCCAGGAAAGCCGUACAUCGAGUCCGAGCUCGUUGAAUACAUCGAACAGCACGACAGGUGAGACCCUGUUUCAGAUCUUUAAACACUGAGAAUAUUCAUGGUUACCUGCUUAAAAACGAGCAGUUUAUCAUAUUGAAUAAACUUUGAAUGCUUUUCUCCCUCGUUACCAGUCGAAGUUUAUUCAUAUCGCGCCGAUUUACAGCAAGUGUUAUCCCAAGAUACUUAAAAAAGCUGGUCUAGACCAGACUCUAUUUAAAACUUCUGCAGCAGCGAUCUACAGGAAACUACGGCAUGAUGGAGACCGCCAGAUAAAAGAGAGAUCGUAGUCAUACAUACAGAGGAAACACUGGUAGAGCAUCCAGUAGAAACACCUCGUGGAGGUUUGGUUUGUUCAAGAAGACGCCUCAGUUUAAUGGAGAGUGUGGCGAAUUGGUCCCUCUGUACCUCCCAACUAUCAGCGCCACCAACGAUUACAACUGGUGCAAAGAAGAAGAAACUACACGUCUGCAUAAAAAAGGCACAUUUCUGACUGCAAUGGAAGUCUUUAUACUUGAACACACUUUAAAAUAUAUCGAUGUGACUUAUACUACUGCUAUACUACAUUAUUGUAAUCGUUAUCAAGGCUUAAAGGACUGAGCAGGCACUUUGGCAACCGCCAUUCUGACAUCCCGCCAUCCCGCCAUCCCGACAUUGGUCUCUAAUUGUCGGAGAGGCGGUAUGAUACCAUGCUAUCAAAUGUCCCGUCAUUCCGACAGUUCUCGUCUGCCAAGGUUGGCCGCGGAUCCCUCUGCGCGGGUUUGGCGCAGGGUGCACCCAGUUGCGCUCGGGAUUAAAUGACGGACUCUAGAUGUGAAUGCGCACCCGCCCCCCCUUCCCCCUUAUAUGGAAAGCUGCGUCGGAAUGCUGAGAUGUCGGAGCGGCAGCAUGUAACCACUUUGGUCAGCUCGCAGUACAUUAAGUGAACUAUCAAAAUAAAACAAUCUGAGUUUUUGUCGAUAUGUUUUAGACCCACCCUGAGGAAGCUCGAGCCUCACAGCAUGUACGAGAUCUGGGUAAGACACUUUUCUUCUUAAAAUCUUAGAAUGAAACUUGAGUUACCUUAUUUAUUUCUUUGAAAAAUUAUCAAUGUGUAAUAAUAAUAAAAAAGUUUUAUUCCCUGUUUUCGGUCCACAGGAAGAUGACAUCGAUGGCGAGCACAUUGUUGCCUUCGCCGAGGAGGAUGACCCAGGUAAACGUUCACUUUGGCAGCUCUUAUUCGUAAUCUCAACUCUUGCAUUGUUCACAUAAUGGAAGAUGCGUUGGUGUUAGUACAAAGCACAGAAACGAUCAUUUGAACUUUUCCUCAGACGGUUUUGAAUUCCUGGAAAUCCUG